AUGCGGAAAUUCUUCAGGUCACAACGAAGGAUCGCAGGGCCUCCGGGAGAGUCCUCUGGAUCAUCGGAUACGGCCCCGCCCCCGACUCGCAAGACUUUUCCUGCUGGGAUAAAGCUACUGCAUAGUAACCCCAGUGCCGUUGUUGAUAUCGUCUUCAUCCACGGCCUAACCGGCGACAGGGAGAGGACUUGGACAGCCAAGGAUGCGUCUGAGCCAUGGCCUCAGGCCCUUCUUCCAUUGAAACUGAAUAAUAUACGUGUUCUCGCAUUUGGAUACGAUGCGUAUAUAUCCGACUGGAAGAAUGUAGUAUCGGAGAAUCGAAUACGUGAUCAUGCUUGA